GCAGCGGGCGCGGCGGGGGAACGAGAUGAGCAGCGCCGGCGCCGCUGCAAGAUGCUGGAUGGACACGUCCUGCUGGGAUGGCUCUCCUCCUGCGCGCUCCUAGGGCUGCUCGCCUGCGCCCCGCGGCCCUCCGCCGCCUACUUCGGGCUGACGGGGAACGAACCCCUGACCAUCCUCCCUCUGACCUCAGAAAUGGAGGAAGCUGCCGUCAAAGCCCACUACAAAGUCUGUGACCGCCUGAAGCUGGAGAAGAAGCAGCGCAGGAUGUGCCGGCGGGACCCUGGUGUGGCCGAGACCCUGAUGGAGGCCAUCAGCAUGAGUGCACUGGAGUGCCAGUACCAGUUUCGCUUCGAGCGCUGGAAUUGCACCCUCGAGGGUCGCUACCGGGCCAGCUUGCUGAAGAGAGGUUUUAAGGAGACAGCCUUCUUGUACGCCAUCUCCUCUGCGGGGCUGACACACGCCAUGGCCAAGGCAUGCAGUGCAGGGCGGAUGGAGCGUUGCACCUGCGAUGAGGCCCCCGACUUGGAGAACCGUGAGGCUUGGCAGUGGGGCGGCUGUGGUGACAACCUGAAGUACAGCAACAAGUUUGUCAAGGAGUUCCUGGGGAGGAAGCCCAACAAGGACCUGCGAGCCAGGGUGGACUUCCACAAUAACCUCGUGGGGAUGAAGGUCAUCAAAGCUGGAGUGGAGACAACCUGUAAAUGCCAUGGCGUAUCUGGAUCCUGUACUGUCCGAACAUGUUGGAGGCAGCUCUCUCCAUUCCAUGAAAUAGGGAAGCAACUGAAGCAGAAGUACGAGACAUCGCUCAAAGUGGGGAGCACUACCAACGAGGCCACAGGGGAAGGAGACAUCUCCCCACCCAAGAAGUCCAUCCCUGGUCACAGUGAUCAAAUCCCAAGGACUACGGAUCUUGUCUACAUUGACGAUUCCCCAAGCUUCUGUAUGAUGAGUAGAUACUCACCUGGGACUUCGGGAAGGAAAUGUUACAAAGACAAGAACUGUGACAGCAUCUGCUGCGGGCGAGGGCACAAUACGCAGAGUCGGGUGGUCACCCGUCCAUGCCAAUGCCAGGUCCGUUGGUGCUGCUAUGUGGAAUGCAAGCAAUGCACCCAGAGAGAAGAGGUUUACACCUGCAAAGACUGACGCGUCUUCUGCUUGAUGGCAACCCUCGGUGACGGGCAAUGGCGAUCUAUGAGAACUACAUAUGGAGACAAACAGGGUUUGAUUGACCUUUUGGGAUCUGAAAGCUAUGUUGAGACAUAAGCACUUUGUAGGGUACAGGUGACCCAGCUGUGUUGCUGUUUUGUUUUUGUUUUUGUUUUGUUUUCCUGUAGACUGAAUUUUAAUGAGGUCCAACCAUGUGGAAAUAAGUGCCUGUCACACUGGGGUUAGACACCAGUUGACUUUCACCUUAGUCGUCUACGCAGUUUGGCGGAUCAUUUAUCCUUGGAACAUCUUGAUCAUUUUGCCAAUCCUCCAUGAACUCCUGGGCUAAUAUAUUCUCUUUGGCAUAAAUAACCUAUACUACUUUAUUCCUGAAGCUUACCCAACUGCUUAGAGAGCUAAGCAGAUACGAAAGAAAGAUCUUUCUGCUUUGAAUGUGAUGGUACGGGAAGUGGUCAAAUUUUUUCCACUUCUAAAACUGGGGAGAAGUGCGUAGGGUAAGCAGGAACAGCCCUGAUGGUUCCUCUAGUGGAGUUUCUGCACAUUGAGCAAACAAGGCUCUGACAAAGAGACCCACUGGCAGGGUCAGCUUUUUAACGACAGCUCCGUAUCUGCAUGCUUUGAUCACCAAAUACAGCUCAAAAAAUGUUGGGUCCACCAUGUUGCAGACAGAAAUACAACCAAGAAAGAGGUUGGGAAGACAGUAGAAAACCAGACGUUCUUGUCCCCUUCAGUCCAAUCACAUGUUCUUUUUUUCAAAAACAAUUUCUUCAAAUGCAGUUUCUUUAGCACUAUCGCUGUCUUAAUUUUCUUUUAAAAAAAAAAAAAACCAACAAAAAAACCAAACCACUAGAUACUCUUGUUUUAUUUUCACCUUGUGCAUGAUUUAUUUUUCUCUCCUCUUCCCACCUCUUGUUGAUUGAAUUCACCCUGUGGUAACUGCUUCAGAAAUCUGAACUGGAACUUUUUAGUCUUAUGCCAGCUGAAUUUGGAUGUGUGUUUCUGAGUAGGACAAGAGAAAUUCCAGUGCAUCUUGGAACGCAGUGCUGUCUUGCAUUGUAUAGCAGCCGUUUUGGACUGGAUCAGACCUAUGGAGGAGUUGACUUUUCUUUUACUAGGUCAUCAUUCCAUUUACUCUAAACCAUGGCAGUGGUACAUGAUACAAGCUGUACGUACACCCUAUGACCUUAAGAUUUUAUUUUUUUUAACCACUAGAUCGAGAACUGUAGUUUAAAAUUACAACUGCUAAAUUGUAACCAACUAUCAGAUUCGGAACAACUAAUCGACGAAAAGACAAACUAUCAAGUGGCCAGAGAAGCCAGAAAUUGACUGCAGUGGUAGAUCGCUCUAACGCUGUGAAAUAGAUGACAACCUUCAGCAUUUUGUUUUUUUCCUUUGAAGAGGAUACUUACAGUCCAGGACUUGAUGCGGCAAUAUCCUUCAGUCACAUAAAAGUGGAUUUGAAGCAGCCAGUGAAUGCCUCAACAAAGCUUUCUAAGGAAACACUGGAGAGUGGAGGGCAUUUUAUUUUAUUUUUGGUAGCAAAUUUUGAUUUGUCCAGUAGUAGAAAUUUCCACCCAUUUUAUAUAAGCCAUUGAUCUGGUUCUCAAAAGAGGAAAGCUGGCUAGAGAUUUUCAAGCAGUAGUAGAUGCUAGCCAAGCACAAAGAGAGCAGUUUUCCAAGAUGGAAUAUUGUUUUUCAAGAUAUUUUUUCUUUUUUAAUUUUUUUUUUUUUUUGGUCCCCCAAAUAGUAGCCACUAAUAUUUAAGCUUUUCAUGUGCAUCUACUGCAAGGAGGAAGUUUUUUUUUUUUUCCCUUGGUAACAAAUACCUGCAGUCCAGCCUGGCUCAUUGGCAUCAAAUCUUGAGGUGGGGGCAUGGGGAGGGACAGGAUGUUACUGUUAAUAGGGCUAUGGUCCUGCAAAACAAAGCGUACUGUCUCUUUUUUUUUUUUUUUUUGAUGUUUGCUUAUUUGCUGUACAAUUCUGGAGGUUGGGGUAGUGCUGGAAAAGGAGGAAGCCACGCAUGGUGUUUGUCCCUUCCACCACGGCAAAUGCGCGGUGGUGCGUUUGACGCAGAAAGUUUGCAGGAAGGUCUCGCAGCUUCUGGGAGAUGCACCCCUUUGAAAGUCACCCACGAGCAGUUUAUCUAAUGGUUUAAAAAAUAAACUGACUAGAAACCUAUUAUUCAGUGUGUGCAUGUGUGUAUAUGCAUACACACACGCUGACACAUAAAUAUAUAUAUAAAUAUUGAACGAACAUUUAUUUAUUGUAAAGCCCUUCAGAAGAACCUUCUUAUGGUUUCAAUGUGGUAUUAUGUUAAAUUCUCUUUCUCCCUCUCUCUCUCUCACACAUAUGUGCAAACUCACUGUUACAUUUUUGUGUGUGUGCUAGAAUAGCUCUUCCCUUCCAAAGUAAGGCCGGAUCCAAACCUGCUCAAAACAUGAGGAUUUUUGGGUCUGAAUUACUAUUUCUGGCCUCAUUCUUUUAAAAAAAAAAAAAAAAAAAUUGUUCUUAAUUAGAGAAUGGGCCGCAAUUUAUGUGCAUUAUUAUUAUUAAUUAUUAUUAUUAUUGUUAUAUUUAAACCAUGGGCCUCAUUUUCCUCCUUUUCACUGGUGUCUCUGUCUCCGUUGACCUCGCUGGAGUAACUCCACAUUGCACUGGUGUGAGAGGAGAAUGAGUCCCUAGAUGCAGAAGAGAGGGCGGUGUUGGCAUCGAUAUCAUUGCGGAGAAAAUGCCUGGGUCGGAUGGGAUAGGGUAGCCUGGUGUGUUUGGCAGCGGGGGCAAGAGAGAGAUGGGUGGGCAAUAAGGCAGAUUGUCAAAGCUUGACUAGAGGAAAGAGGCAAAGAGUGAAUGAACUACUGAGUGAAAGAGCUCUUCUGUGUAUUAUAACUCACGCACUGAAGCCUGGAUGCUUUCUGUAAGUAUUUAAAAAAAAAAAAAAAAACAACAAAAAACACAAAAAACAAAUUGUAUUUAUGUUAAUGUGGAUAUAUUACUUGCCUGUUAUAUAUUGUAAAUAGCAAGGUUUAUUCUCCUGUGGUUAAAAAAAAAAAAUAUAAAUAACUAAAUAGUAGCGAGGCACAUGUGUUAAAUGUAUAGGCAGUGUAUAAAAUAUACUAACACUCUGAAAUCAGGAGAACUUGUCUUCUUGGCCUUUUGACCUAGGGUGGUAAAACAUAUGUGGGUUAUUUUUGUUCUCCCCCCGCACCGCGUUGUGUGUGUUUUAGGUGUAGGGGGGUGUUUAGUUCCAGCUUUUUCCGAUGUUUGCCUUAUCUUUGAAAAAAAAAAAAAAAUGGGAGGGGGGAGAAGGCCUCAUUUUGGAAAAGUCCAGUGGACCUUGAGUAGGAUGAAGCAAGUAGCAGCUGGUAGAAAAGAUGUCAAACCCUCUCAAAUGCUUGACCUGGGUUUUCUGCUGGUGAUAGCUACGCGUUGGAAUUGAAUUAACCCGUGGAGCAGGAGCUUCUGCUUGUGCUACUCCAUACGCGAGUUCAGAAAACCCUAGAUAAGAGACCCUGAAGUCCUCUAUAAAACAUUGGGUAGGGUCCUGUAAAACCUUUUUUAUUGCAGCUGUAUGAAACUGGAUUUUUCCAGAGAGGCUAAUUCUACCACCACACCAUUGGAUCUCCAGUGCAAUUCAAGGAAAUUGCUUGUUUUUGUAAAACUACUACAAGAGUGGAUUUGGGUCCCUGAAUCUUUCAUGGUGUCAUUUCAUUAUUAAAAAAAAGUGCAAAGCAACUUUUUCCCUUUUUCUUACACCCAGAGAAACAGGUUUUUUGCAGCAGAUGUAACUGGAGAAGGAUGGAUGGGUGUAGGGGAGGUCUCUGGUUUCUGAUCCCCUUUUCUGAUCCUCCUGUCCCCCCAAAAGUUUCAAAGUGUUGGUUCUCCUAAGCUGAUUCAGCAAGACUUGCAGGAUCAGUUUUGGGGUGGGGGGGUGCAACCAUUAUUUAUAUAACUUUUUUAUUAAUUUUUUUAAAAGAGAAGUUAGCUGAUGGAAGAUAUUUUUAUUGAAUAGUGCAUUUAGUUAUGUCAGAAAUAUAAAAAAAUAUAUAUAAUAUUUUUGUAAACAAGGCAAACUGAAAAUGUUUGCUGUUUUAUAUUAGAAUUUUCUAUUAAAAGAAAUAAAAACCCACACAAAUAAUUGUUGCACCCGUCAUCUGUUUUUUAACAAGCUUCUAUUCUGUGUGACUGACUCAUAUAUGCCGGAUGUGGAGACAUGCAAAACAAGUCCUAAACAUUACGUUCUCAUUGUCUUCCAGCUCUCAAAAGACUCCAGUUAGUGAAACAAUCAGUGUUUAACCCAAGGGGCCUUUUUUUUUUUCUUUUUUUAAUUCCUGACACUAAAAAUGAUUUAUGAAGAAUCAGUAGCUUGUAAUUAAAAUACAAAAACCUACCCUGAAACCUCAAGCUCACCCUUUUUAGUUGUGCAUCCUGGUCUUGAGAUGGGUCUGGAUGGAGGAAAUCUGAAACCUAUACACAAUAACUAGAUAUUUGCCAUUGAUCUCAGUUGGCUUGGGAAGAAUGACUCUUAAAAAGGUUGUUGGGGAGGGGAAAAGUAAUCUGAGUCCAUGGGAAGGUUAAAUGAAGAGGACCAAAUGCCAGGCUUGAUCUAAACCAAGCCAUUUUUAUCUAUUUGAAUGGGGCAGUGUAAAACUAUGGAGCUGGGAACUUGGUCUGCUGCGGUUCAGGAAGCCUGUUGUACACCUUUGGAAGCAGGGGAUGAGUUAUGGACCAUCUGUUUUCAAAAAAGCUUUUGGGAUUACUGGUUUGGAGACCUGAGUAGGGGCGAAAUAAUUUCUGAGGAUUUUUUGUGGUCGGCCAGCUCGUACACAUCUGCCUUCCUUCAGCCCAGGUCUUGAAUUUCUUUGUUAAUCGUUUUUCAGCUGCCCUCUUUUAGCCAACACAUUAGGAGAAAUUAAGUUGGUUUGGCUGUAGUAGGGUUGGAUGAGAACCCAGAUGAAGGGACAGAUUUCUCAAGGGUACUUUCAUGGAGUAGAUGCUUCUUAGGGUAAUUUUCUGGUGGAUUAUAGUGCCUGUGAAAAAUUCCUCAGUUGAUGUUGCAGUAAAAUUAGGUCUGUUCUGUACUCGAUAAAACAGGUGCAGCAAAGUUCUUUGUUCCUGGUUUAUUCAGCUCUAUGCACAUCUGUUGGGUUGAGUCUGGCUUCCAUGGUCAGCUCGUCCUGACUUUCGGUUUUCAGGUUGCUAACUAGAUGGUGACUUUUGGAGAGCAACAUUUUCCUGCAGGAGAAAUAGUGCCUUUUUGAAACCAUUACUGCCUAUGUAACUUGAAGGCGGUUCAGCAUGGCACAGGAUUGGGCCUGUAGAAAUCUGGUGAUAAGCAGUCAAGCUUUGGGCCAUGAAUAUUACCAUUGAAUAACUUUUAAAUCUAUUUUUUGCUGAUGAACGUUGGAUUUGACGAAACUAUUUACAGGUUCCAGGAAGCCCCAGGAAACAGAAUAUCUCUUAACAGAAAAAGGGGAAUCUCUAGCAUUUGUGGGUGGGUAGGACAAGCAAAUAGAUAUUGUAAGCACAAUUUAGCUCUGGCAUCAUUGUAGGCUUUUUGUAACAUUUCUUCAGGGGCAGGAAGUGAGUAGAGUUAAGACCAUAAAUGAUUCAGACCCAAAAAAUUCAGCAGGCUAUCAAGGUACACAUCUGGACAAGGAAUUUUUCCCAGUUGUUGCUGAAUGUUUUCAGAAAUGGGUCAAACUCUUCUCAGCAGCAUUUGGCAAGGUUACCCAAAGGAACAGGAGAUUCCUCCCUCACCCAGUCUUCCCUUUCAUCACAGAGUUGCUCAGGAAAGUUGGGAGAGAUGCUGACAGGCUUGGCGUAGUGGGGCAUUUGCAAUGGUCCUGGAGUCAUCUCCCCUUAGAUAAGGAGCCCGUGGUCUGCAAUCAGUGUAGGCACCUCUGGAAGGUGUUUCGGCCCAUUUGGAGGUGCCAGUUUCUCCCUGCUGACAAUAGAAGGGGAUAAAGACAUAGACACAAGGUUAAUAGAGAUUAAUAGAGGUGGGGAUGAAUUCAGGACUAAUAAGGUAUGUGUGGAUAACCCUGCCAGCUCCCCUUGGGCAUGGACCCAUCCGAAAUAGUGAUCACAAAAAUAGCAUGGGAAUUUUCCCUUGUUCCACCCCAGUCUCUAACAAUGCCCUUUGAGGCCUGAAUGUAAAGUCGAGGAUUUGUUUUGCACACUUGGGAUGGCAUUUCCUUUUAAAGGGAGGUGGGAAUACUAACAUGAAGGAUUAGUAUUUUUCUUUUGUUUUUCAUUUUUUUUUCCAAUGUCUUAUGGGAGCCUAAGUUAUUUUUCUCUACCUCAUAUGUACAGCUUGUAGGUAUAAAUCUGAUUCUGAGUGACUGUUGAGAAUGUAUUUAAGUUAUUUAACAUCUUUGUAUAACAAAAAAAGCCAGAACAAA